AGCCUUUGCAAGGCUUGAAGAGACGCCUCCCCAAAAACACUUCCGAGCUUCUCUUUCCCCUCUCUUGCCUCCCACCUGCAACGAAACUGCUUUGCCACCUGAGCCAGUGAAGAGAUCGGGGUUUGCCAUGGUGGGAACGUCGUGCUCCUCCUCGUCCUCUUGCGCUUCGUUCGGCUCCUUCGACGCGGACGCCGCGGCCGCCAAGCGUUCCCCCAGCGCCGCCACCAUCAAGUUCCUCUGCAGCUACGGCGGCAAGAUCCUCCCCCGGUACCCCGACGGCAAGCUCCGCUACAUCGGCGGCGACACCCGUGUGCUGGCUGUCGACCGUUCCGUCCCCUUCUCAGAGCUGCAGGAGAAGAUGAGGGAGAUGUGCGGGUGGGGCACGGUCAGCCUCCGCUGCCAGCUGCCGACGGAGGACCUUGACGCGCUCGUGUCGGUCAAGUCCGACGAGGACCUCGCCAACAUCAUGGAGGAGUACGAUCUCGCUGGCCGCGAGAAGAUCCGGGCCUUCUUGUUCCCCCCAUCGUCCAAACCGAGAAGCCCCACCCACCCAGCGGCGACGACCACGGCGCUGCCCAGCCGCCGGCCCUGGAUACUCUCCGAGAAACGCUGCAUCCACCAGAUCUCUGAUCCGAAGAGGUAUCCUGGCCGGUACGGUAAGUCCGGCGCCAUAUCCUCAGGAGAUAUACGUUACCGUGCCCAUCACCACCACCCCCAACAUCACCACCAUCACCAUCAUCUCCAUGGCCACCAUGCGAUUCCAAAGCCGUGCAACUAUCUCGUGCAUCAAGGAAGCCAGUGGCAGUAGUACCACCGCCACCAAGGAGAAGAACUCGAGGUUGCUUCGUGGUGCGGUGAACCGCUUCAUCGCGGGACCAUGUAUUUUUGUUGGCACUUGGCACCCGCAAUCGAUGGGCCGGACACAACAAGUUCAUGCAGCACAUCUACUUACACAUAUCGAAACACAAAAAGACGAUUAUUUUCAUCUUAAAAUGAUAGUAAACAAAUUCUUUUAAUUUUUAUCACUAUAAUUUAUCAAAUACUGCUUUAUAUAGCGUCCAUACGAUCAAUAAUUUUUUUUUCUAUUUUCAGAGACAAAAAUAGCUCUUAUUUUAUAUUUGAGCAAUAAACUUAUUUUAUAGAAAAACAAUGCUGAUAAAUAUUUAAAAGUGUUUUUUAGAUUCUUAAUUUACUUGGAAAUUGGCCAGGAUUGAGCAGGUCUGCCGCUUACUCUGGCUUUAUCCUUGUGGUCAAAGCCUGUGAGUGUGACCUUUGAUCCAACUAUUUUUAUUAAAAUUAUGUAAAAUUUUGAAAAGCUCGAGUAACUAAUAAUUUUUAGAGACAUUAGUAUAUGAUUUUUUAAAUAUAAUAGAUAGCAACAUUUUUGCAUUCAAAAUUUUUAUUUGAUUGCUUCCCGAACCUACUCGAGUCAACGACGCCAAUUUUUGUGUUUUUAAUAUGCGUCAAUAAUUAUUGAAUACAAUGAAUUUGUAGGAUAUUAGUUGGUAGAGGUAACCAAGAGAAUGGCAACGGAAACUUAUGGACCGUGUGAUUGUACUGAGGAGGAGGUCGGCUUGACUAUUUCAUUGAUAGUAACGUUGUCGCUGUUAUGAAUGGUGAACACGCCAUUUGUUGAAUUUGGAAGAAAUAUUUGUUCAUAUUAA